AUGAUUACCAUGAAGGUUAAUGGAAAUGAGUUGUUUUCAUGUACAUCAUUUGGAGACUUCGGAUUUUUAGCUGGUCCUACUUCCCUAUUGAAAAGUCUUGUUUAUGACAACCAACAAGAUAGUAAAGAUGAACUUGAUAAUUUUUUACAAAUGAUAUCUGAUAGAUAUGAAGAUCAAUCAAUUGAAAAUAAAUUAAAAAAGGAUAUUGAUUUAUUAUUCAUCAAAGAUUAA